AUGUCUCCCUUAAUAUCAGGAAAAUCAUCAGUAUGCAGUUGUGAGAAGCAUCAAGAAUUUCAAAAGACAGAAGAUACAAAUGGUAGAUGAUGAGAAAAAUACUGUGAAAAGUGAACCGGCCUCCGAGUACAAGCCUGGUACUAAAGGCAUUGUUCCUAAGGAGAUUGAUCCACCAAAGCACUUAGUUAAUUGGAUGAGCAUGGACGAUGGCCAAAAUUUGUAUGCUGAAAAAUUUAAAGACUGCGAUUCUGUUGCAGAUUUCAAUGAAACAUAUGGUGAUGAUGUAUGUGAUGAUAAUUUUGAUGAUGAUACGAAUAAUAAUCGAAGACAUGAGGAAAAUGAUUUCACAAAUGAAACGGUUAGUGCACAAAAAGAUUACCUUGCUGAUCAUGUUGACGAGGAAUCAAAUGCAACAUGCAUGGGAACAUUUUCGGGUGAUCCAGCGAGUAAUGUGAGACAAGAAGAUCAUGAAAAUCAAAAGACAGGUUGCAUAUUACUUGCUCCACUAUCCAAGAAGAGUGAAGUGAAAGCACACCAAGACCAAGGGAAAGAAAUUAAGGAGACUGCAACAUUUACAGCACCACUUGAUGUCCCUUCUUCAGGAUCUGUACGUAUAUCACAGAAUAGAAAGCCUCUGAAGGUAGCUUUCUGCCCAAAAGAAGUUAAAAGGAUAAUUGAAUCUGAAGCCCUUUUGCAAAAAAAAUGCUCAGUCCCACACUAUAAGGAAAAUCAUAGUUUUUGCAUCACUUGGCAUAAGGCACGGAUGUGAGGAUAUGUACGAGCUGGACUUCAAUCAUUUUAGCAUUUUGAAGAAAGGAGAACCAUAUGUGUCUCCAAGGAACCCUGGGGUAAGACUUAAGUCUAAUCCUUACUCUAAAAAUAUUAAGUGACUGCUAAAAGAUGUAAUCAAUUUCAGCAACCAAAUAUUUUGCUUAAAAUUUAUAGUCUCUGAAGAAUUGGGAUCAUCAUGUUUUUAUUUUAAUUCCUAGUUGCGUUUCAAAAUGGAGAAUACAGCCAUCAACCAAAUUCUAUCUGGAACCAAGCCAUUAACCGAGUUGGUUCAUAAUCGCAGUGGAAGCUUGUUCUUCAAGGCAUUGAGCAUCACACUCCUGUUUAUGGCAGGAUUUCCGGAUGAUCUAGUUCAGAAAGAAACCAAACACCGCAACUUAGACUUGCUUCAGAAAUAUUACAGGUUUAUCAAAUUAUAUACGACAAGUUGUCGAAGCAUGUCUAGUUAAAUAACAGGCACAAUUCUUUUAGGAGCAUUGCUCUAAAUCAAUGUCAUCACAGCAAACCUAUGAAAAUAUGAAAAUUUAAAUACCAAAACAUACAUUGUAAAUUAGAAUAUUCUUAGGAAAAAAAAAAUAUACCACCAAUAUAUGAAGCUCCAUUUCAAUAUAAAGAAAAUUUGAGUAUUUUGUUCCAGGAGACCUUCCUAAUACACUUGUUUUCGUCAUCUAACACAUAAUUUUCCCGUUACAGAACUGAUGAGGGUGCUGAAGGGGAGUUGUUGUUUCUUCCGCAUCCAUUCGCAUAUGACAAUGGUACUCAUGAGCCCCACAAUUUAACUAAAAAGACACCUCCUGAAAAAUCAAAGGGAAGAAAGCACACAAAUGCCGUCAUCAAGUCACAGAAUUCACAAAAGACACAAUCUCAUCAACAGGCAACACCAACAAGUUCAGCAGCUACUCAAUUUGGUUUAACUGGCUAUUCAUCAGCUUAUACAUAUGCAAUGGCAGCAUUUCAUUCAAUGCCAUCUCAGAUUUCCUCCCAAGAAACUCCUCACACGCCAAAUCCAGCUCUUUCCCCUUCCAAUGCUAAUCAUCGUAUGCUGCUGCUGUCACAGCCAGCAAGUACAUUUGUACCUGUGAUGUAUUGGCCUCCACCAAAUGCAUUUCUUCCUGGACCCUAUCCUUCCACAUUUGGAUACCAUUCUUUUCCUUCUGCUGCAAAUUACAUGUCAUUUCAAACACAGCCUCAUUACAAUCACACCAAGCUGUUAGAAGGCAGCGGAAAAAAUGAUUUAGCCUCAGAUGAAACUGACAGUGACUCUGAUAGCAGCUGUUCAGGCUGUAGUGGGCACAAGUAGAGACCUGCGUUCCACAAAUAAUGGACUCCUCAUUGCUACAAUGACACGCCAUAAAUAAUUAUGUACUUGGAAUGUAAUCAUUUUUGUAGAUGCUCGAAGUGGCACGAUGCAUAGCUUUUCUGUGCAGCUUGUAACUCAAACUUUACGUGUCUUAAUAUGAUUCUGAAUCUUUGAUAAAUUAUAUAUUUCUUCGUGGAUAUACAGU